AGUGGCACGUUGUUUAACGACACCGUCGAAUUCCUUUCUCCAAGAGAUGCUGACGGUCACGGAACCCACACGGCGUCAACCGCGGCGGGACGCUACGUUUUCGAAGCCAGCAUGGCGGGAUAUGCGUCUGGAGUUGCAAAGGGCGUGGCUCCCAAAGCGAGACUUGCAAUGUACAAGGUGUGUUGGAAGAAUUCUGGCUGCUUUGACUCUGACAUUCUUGCAGCAUUUGACGCUGCCGUAAACGACGGCGUCGACGUCAUUUCCAUGUCCAUCGGCGGCGGCGAUGGCAUUUCCUCUCCUUACUAUCUUGAUCCAAUUGCGAUAGGGUCCUACGGUGCAGUUUCCAGAGGUGUGUUUGUGUCAUCCUCGGGUGGAAAUGACGGGCCCAGUGGAAUGUCGGUGACCAACCUAGCACCCUGGUUGACCACUGUCGCAGCAGGUACCAUUGAUCGCGAUUUUCCGGCGGAGGUUAUACUGGGAAACGGACGAAGACUCUUCGGCGUGUCUCUCUACUCCGGAGUUCCGUUGAAGGGGAGAAUGUUUCCCUUAAUAUAUCCCGGAAAAUCAGGGGUUCUUACGGAUUCACUGUGCAUGGAAAACUCGUUAGACCCUGACCUUGUGAAAGGGAAGAUAGUGGUUUGCGACAGAGGAAGUAAUCCCAGAGUUGCGAAGGGAUUGGAGGUGAAGAAAGCAGGAGGAGUAGGAAUGAUUCUGGCUAAUGGAAUAUCCAACGGUGAAGGACUUGUUGGAGACGCUCAUCUUCUUCCCGCGUGUGCACUUGGUGCUGACUUGGGAGAUGAAGUUAAAGCCUACAUUUCAUCCUCUGAGAACCCAAGGGCCACUAUCGAUUUCAAAGGAACUGUGGUGGGAAUCAAACCGGCACCCGUAGUGGCGUCGUUUUCAGCGAGAGGACCCAACGGGUUGAAUUUGGAAAUACUUAAACCUGACUUGGCGGCCCCCGGGGUGAACAUUCUGGCGGCGUGGACCAAUGCGGUUGGGCCGUCAGGGCUGGAGUCAGACACGAGAAGAAGCGAGUUCAACAUUUUGUCGGGCACAUCGAUGGCGUGUCCUCACGUGAGUGGGGCAGCGGCGUUGUUGAAAUCCGCGCACCCUGAUUGGAGCCCUGCAGCCAUAAGGUCUGCAAUGAUGACAACCGCUACGGUUCUUGACAACACCAACCGUCAAAUGGUUGAUCAAGCCACUGGGAAUGGCUCCACGCCCUACGAUUUCGGCGCUGGACAUCUCAACCUCGCUCACGCCAUCGACCCUGGGUUGAUUUUCGACAUUACCAACGAUGAUUACGUCAUGUUUUUGUGUGCCAUUGGCUACAGGCCCAGGGUGAUUCAGGUGAUUACUCGAUCGCCGCCUAAAUGUCCACGGAGGAGGAGGCCGUCGCCGGAGAAUCUGAACUAUCCGUCCUUUGUGGCGGUCCUGCCAGCGUAUUCAUCCUCCAGAGGGUUAUCGUUGCUGAGAAAGACGUUCUUCAGGACGGUGACGAACGUGGGUGAGCCAAAUUCGGUGUAUUGGGUGAGGGUAGAGAUGCAGGCGGAGGGAGUGACGGUGACGGUGAGGCCGUCGAGGCUAGUGUUUUCGGAGGCGGUUAAGAAGCGGAGUUUCGUAGUGACGGUGACGGGAGAUGCAGGGAAUCUGGUGCUGGGCGAGGCCGGAGCGGUCUUCGGGUCGCUUUCGUGGACCGAUGGGAAGCACGUUGUUCGGAGCCCCAUGGUUGUCACCCAAGCUCAACCG